GGGCGAGUAGGCGGGGCCGCGUGGCGUCAGCGCAAGAUGGCGGCCUCGGUGGCGCUGGUCUUGCGCUUGCGGAGCGGACUCCGGCUCGGCGCGCGAGGGUUGUGCGCAAGGCUGGCGACGCCGCCCCCUCGGGCCUCCGACCAGGCCCAGGAGAUUGGGAGCCGUGCCAGCAGUAAGGCCCAGACCCAGGGGUCACAGCAGCAGCGGGGCACAGAGGGUCCCAGUUACGCCAAAAAAGUUGCACUCUGGCUUGCGGGGCUGCUUGGGGCCGGUGGGACCGUGAGUGUCGUCUAUAUCUUCGGAAACAACUCUGUGGAUGAAACUGGUGCCAAGAUUCCUGAUGAAUUUGACAAUGAUCCAAUUCUGGUACAGCAGUUGCGCCGAACAUACAAAUAUUUCAAAGAUUAUAGACAGAUGAUCAUCGAGCCUACGAGCCCCUGCCUUCUCCCGGACCCUCUGCGGGAGCCAUACUACCAGCCGCCCUACACACUGGUCUUGGAGCUCACCGGUGUCCUCUUGCACCCUGAGUGGUCGCUGGCCACUGGCUGGAGGUUUAAGAAGCGUCCAGGCAUCGAGACCUUAUUCCAGCAGCUUGCCCCCUUGUAUGAAAUCGUCAUCUUUACGUCAGAGACUGGCAUGACUGCAUUUCCACUCAUUGACAGCGUGGACCCUCACGGCUUCAUCUCCUACCGCCUCUUCCGGGAUGCUACGCGAUACAUGGAUGGACAUCAUGUUAAGGACAUUUCAUGUCUCAAUCGGGACCCGGCCCGUGUAGUAGUCGUGGACUGCAAGAAGGAAGCCUUCCGCCUACAGCCCUACAAUGGCGUUGCCCUGCGACCCUGGGACGGCAACUCUGAUGACCGGGUCUUGUUGGACCUGUCUGCCUUCCUCAAGACCAUUGCACUGAAUGGUGUGGAGGAUGUCCGGACCGUGCUGGAGCACUAUGCCCUGGAGGACGACCCGCUGGAGGCCUUCAAACAGCGGCAAAGCCGGCUAGAGCAGGAGGAGCAGCAGCGCCUGGCCGAACUCUCCAAAUCCAGCAAGCAGAACCUCUUCUUCAGCUCUCUCACCAGCCGCUUGUGGCCUCGCUCCAAACAGCCCUGACUCUGGGCCUCCUCAAACUGAGUGCUUGGGUCCCAGGCCCCAGGCCGCAGUGCUUCCAUACCACGGCUUGGGCAGCCAUUUGUCCAAUAAAAUCCAUCCCAGACGCCAUACUGCUGUGUCCGGAGAGUCUCCAGAUGGGGGCAUCGGGGUGAGGUCCGAGUGGCUGAUUGGCUGCCAAGCACAGACUUAAGUGCUUUGGGGAAUCAGGGUUGGUUUUUAACCCUGGCCUGGAAAUCUGAAAACGUGGGUCCCUGCUCUGGCCGUGUCUUCCCGAGUGAUGUGUCAUCUGCAAAAAGUGCACCUCCCUCUCUGGCCGCAGAUUCUCCAUCUGUGGAAAAGAGAAGAGAGGACUGCACUGGGGGUUUUAAAGACAGGUAGCUGCCAGGCAGCUGUGUAAAUAUGUGAAGCGUGGUCUCAGUGGGCUCUGGUGGAAGAGAUUGCCUCAUCUCAAGAGGGCAGCUCUGCCAGCUGUGGCCCCAUGGGAAGGUGGGGUGUCGUGUUGUUUGAUAUUCUGAUUUUUUUCAGUAAAAGCCAGCCAGCAAUUGGGAUUUUUAUAUUAAAUCCCCCAAUUUUUAAAUGUUGGCUUCUAACCAAAACAGGCAGAUUGCGUGGCAGCACUGCGGUGAGACUUUCUGCCAUGUUUAUUCCGCGUUCUAUGUCUGCGCUGUCCAGUGGCCACAGGAGGCUGUUGAAUACUUGAAAUGUGGCUAGGGUUACUGAGGAAUGUAAUUUUUUAUUUUAAUUAAUUUUAACUUAAAUAGCCACAUGUGGUUCCUGACUCCUACACUGGACAGCACAGUUGUAUGUGACUUAAGAGGAUGAGCUUCAGACUGUCCGAGUUCAAAUCCAAGCUUCCUGACUGUGUGGUUUGGAGCAAGUUAUGUCACCCUCAAUGCCUUAGCUUCCGCAUCUAUAAAAGAACAGUACCUGCCCCAGGCUAGGCUUGAGGGCUGAGUGAGGCAUUCAGAUGGUAACUGUGAACCUUGGGCAAGGCAUCUUGGUGCCUCAGUUUCCUCAUUUCUAAAAUGGAGGUGAUGGUAGUAUACCUAUGUUAGUAUAAUGGUCAUGCAGCGUAAACAGGACAGUUCAUACUUGGCCCAUAUGGGUAUUCACCGGGGGCUUGUUACCAGGCCAUACUGGUUAUUUGCAGAUUGAAAUAGCCUGUACCAGUUUGGUAGCUGCUCCCCUGCCUCUCCCAGUCUCUUCUGCUCCAGCCAGCAGUUAGUGCUAGUACCAGUUAAAUGUUUUAAAAAGACCUCUGGUGAUUACUAUAAUAAUUAAAAUGUAUUUGAAUCUGUA